AUGCGCUGGACAACAAACACCUUUGCUACCGCUCUGGCUUUUGCUACCCUCGGUAGCUGCGUCCACUACACGGACAGCUGCUCCGACACCAGCCUGUCUGGCACCACGCUGUCUGGCCACUGCGGCGACAACAAGGGCAACAGCCCCUACAGCAGCGUUGACCUGGCCCAGAAAGUUGGCAACAACGGCGGUAUUUUGACUUGGGGCGGUGUCAACUUCCAGCAAAGUUGCUCCGAGAUUGUGUACAACUCCUGGAACGGUGUCUUGUCUGCCAAGUGCGGCAAUGGCGGCGGCCGUGAUAUCCGCACUGUCCUGAACCUGAAUGACUACAUUUCCAACAACUUUGGCAAACUGGCAUUUGACUCCUAA